AUGCAUCUUAAAGAAAAUCAGAUGGCGACGCUAGGAUAUGCUCGAAAACCUCAAGACGGUCGCACCUCUGGUAAUCGCGUGUCCCUGCUUCAAAAAAUGGUCGACCGUCUGUUCAAAGAUGGCCUGGUCGAGAUGACCUUUUUCUCCCCGGCCGCCAAUGCUUCAACGAGGCUCCUGGAGCACGAAAGCGGCCGUCGCAACAAGCAUAUCGUUGGGUACCGCUUCGAAAUAUCGACACGGCGACAAACCUUGGUUGAUAAGUCCCAAGCAUCCAAAUUACGGGGCCUAGGUCGUUGGGAAGAAUUUGAACAGGAGUGA